AUGCCUCUUCCUCGUAGUGUCGAGGUCAGCGAUCAUGAUGAUCUGAUCUACUUCGUGGCCGAAACAGCCAUACAAAGACUGAUCAACAGGAUACACAGUUCGCUAUAUUCUCCUGACAACAUCGACAUGACCGUGCUUUCAGAGACGGUACCAGCGGCCGCCAACCCGACCCUGAACAGGCUGUUAGCCAUCAGCUCCGAACUGAACCGGCAGCUCGAACAAUACUACAACUCGAUCCCCAUAACGCCACCCAUCACGGCCGAUCCAGUCUCGAAUGACAGAAGGCGCAUACUGAACCUGCGCUACCACCAUGCCCGCCAUAUCAUCUACCGCCUUUUCGUUAUCUACGUUGCUUCGUACAAGUACCUCCAGCCGUCACCACCGAUCCUCCAGGGCUCGUCAAGGUCACCGAGCACUCCAAUUUUCCCAAUAUCUCCGAUCCCUAGGACGAUUAUCGAGAAGUGCCACAUAUGUAUUCAGUCGUGCGAGGCCUUCCUGCUGGAAGCUGUUGACAUCUUGGAUAAGCGGUCUCCCUACCUGUGGUCGAUCUCGGACGGGGCGCUGGCAUGCUUCGUGGUACUGUUCAUGGCGAGCCAGUCUCCCUAUCUCCGGCACCUGACGCCUGAUCUGACGAGCCUGGCGGACAUGGUCAUUGCGAGACUUAAGAAAUGGGCCACCCCUGGGUCAGUGUUUGAGGCUCAGGUGAGUAUUGUGGACGGACUUCUGGGCCGUUGA